AUGGUGACAAAGAAGAUCUUUGGCUUUGUUCUUGUGAUCAUGUUUCUUCUCUUGGGUUCAAGCUCCGCUAAAACCUACAAAGUCGGAGGUUCCAACUAUGGUUGGACUAUUAAGGACAACUCUUGGACAGAACAUAAGGAGUUCCACGUCGGAGAUUCUCUCGUGUUCGAAUACGACAAGAACGUCAACGACGUCACUCAAGUCUCUAACGCUUUGCAGUAUGAGUCAUGUGAUAAUUCCUCUCCCAAAGUUGUUUACAACACAGGACACGAUGUCGUGACCUUCAAGGAACCAGGACAUCACUAUUUCAUCACCUCAAACCAUAUUGAAUGCGUCUCGGGACUGAAUCUUGAUGUUCUUGUCGUCCCUGGCCCGUCACGUCCAAGUCCUCCACCACCAUCGAGAAAGAUCCAUGGCCCAUCACGUCAGAUUCCUCCACCACCACCACCACCACCGAGCAAGAUCCUUCCGUCAAGUAGGAUGUACGCGGUCGGUGACUCAAGCGGAUGGAGCGUAUACAACAGUUACUACUAUGAAAAGUGGAGUGAAGAUAGACACUUUCGUGUUGGAGAUACUCUCUUUUUCGAAUACAACAAACACAUCAACGACGUUAGAGAAGUCAGCAAUGAACUUGACUUCGAGUCUUGCACGCCAACUUCUACUGUAGCCGUCUACAAGACCGGACACGAUCUAGUUACACUCACCAGACCAGGAGUGCAUUACUUUGUAAGCUUAAAGACCGGUCUUUGUCAUGCUGGGAUUAAGCUUCGAAUCAUGGUGCAACCAUCAACCGAAGACGUUACUUUGCCGGAUGCUCCCAAGAAGCUGUCACCUAUUGGUUACCUCAACAGGUGGUGGUUACGUUUUUUCAGACCUCAUCACUAA